GGAAAUCCGACGCUUGUCUCGUAAGGUCGAGGUGAAUAUCUUGCAGGCUGCUGUCCUGCCCAUGAAAUAAGGAAUCAAAAUCGACCGAGAAACUUUACACAUUCUGAACAUGAGACUAACUUUGAAGUGUAUAUUACUUAUUAUCGCCACGGUGUCCAGAAUCGCUUGUCAAGGAAAGAAAUUCGUUCGUAUUACCGGCGGAAGUAAUGAACUAGAAGGACGCGUGGAAAUUCAUUUCAAAGGAAUCUGGGGCUCAGUAUGUGACGAUGACUGGGACAUCAAUGAUGGUCACGUGGUGUGUCGUAUGCUAGGGCACGUGAGGGCUGUUCGAGUGUCGUGUUGUUCUAAGUACGGCCCGAGCGCGUCAGGACGUGUAUUAUUGGACGAUGUCAACUGUACUGGUAACGAGGACUCGUUGGUCAAGUGUAGACGGCGUUUGGCGGGAACACACGAUUGUGACGUGUAUCGAGAAUCUGCUGGAGUCGUCUGUCAGGGAAAGUCGUCAGCCUUAAGGCAGAAUGUUCGUCUUGCUGGUGGUCCAGACGUCCACGAAGGGCGAGUCGAGGUGUUCCACGAUGGAGAGUGGGGUGCAAUCUGUGACGACAAUUGGGAUCUAAAAGAUGGUCACGUGGUAUGCAACAUGUUAGGUUUUGGUCUAGCAGUCAGYGUCUCAUGUUGUAGUCAGUAUAGUAUCAGUGAUUCAAAGAAGAUUUGGCUAGAUGACGUCAAGUGUAAAGGACACGAAAGUUCCAUCAUGCAAUGCGCAAAGCGUGCGUGGGGUCAACAUAACUGUAACAACGAGGAGGUGGCUGGAGUGGUCUGUAAGGAGCCCAAGAAAACUCAAGGUCUGAUAUUCCGACUGGCCGGUGGUCGGUUUCCUCACGAAGGUCGCGUCGAGGUUCUCCAUAACGGCGUUUGGGGUGCAGUGUGUGACGACUACUGGAAAUUACGCAACGGACACGUGAUUUGCCGUCACCUUGGUUACAAGCGCGCGCUGAGCGUAUCUUGCUGUAGCAAGUAUGGUUCCAGUCUGAGCACAAAACUGUUUUUAGACGAUGUUAAUUGUGAAGGAGGAGAGAACUCGCUGUUGUCAUGCCAACAUAGUUUCUUCGGGACGCAUAACUGCGACAGCUAUAAAGAAACGGCAGGAGUAGUUUGUGAUAAAGAUACCCUUAACACAGAGCCACCACUGAUAUCUUGUCCGAAAGGUUUUCAGCUCACAAAAGAUCGAUCAAACUGUACCGAUAUCGACGAGUGUAGAGAUAACACGCAUAAAUGUAUUCAUCAGUGCGUUAAUACUAUUGGUGGAUAUAAGUGUACUUGUCCAUCAAGUUUCCAAGGCAACGGCCAGGAUUGUGAAAAAAAAAACGAAUUGUCGACAUCAGAAUCGAAGGGAGUUCGUCUGAUGGAUGGUCAAGGCCCACACGAAGGCCGCGUUGAAGUCUGGAAAGACGGAGUCUGGGGAACAAUCUGUGACGAUUACUGGGAUCCACGUGAUGGCCACGUGGUCUGCCGCAGGCUUGGCUACCGUCGAGCCAAAAUGGUCACGUGUUGUAGCAGCUUCAAAGGAAAUCAUUCGCUUAAGAUGAUGUUGGACGAUGUGGGAUGCAAUGGAGAUGAAGACUCAUUGUUCUCCUGUUCUCAUAGUGAUUGGGGUGUCCAUGAUUGUGACGAAAAGACGGAAGAAGCUGGGGUUAUUUGUACUAACGCGGCAGAGCCUACACCUAUGUCUCCAGUUGAUUCGAUUUCAUCAAGAACUAAAUUCCGCCUCGCUGGUGGCAGAACUUCAAAUGAAGGUAGAGUUGAAAUCUUCUACCGCAACCAAUGGGGAGCUGUUUGUGACGACUCUUGGAAGCUAAAAAAUGGUCAUGUAAUAUGCCGACAAUUAGGGUAUGAACGAGCUGUCAGCGUGUCGUGCUGUAGUAAGUACGGACCGAUAAAAGGUGGGGUAUUUUGGAUGGAUGAUGUAAGGUGUAGAGGCAACGAGAAAUCUCUUUUUGAUUGUCGACGAAGAGAGUGGGGAAAGAAUGACUGUAACAAGGAAGAAACAGCCGGUGUGGUGUGCUACAAGGAAGGCAUUACUCUGCCUACAGGAGUAUCUCCCACGUCUGCACCUACUUUACGUAUUACCGGUGGUCCAAAUCGUCACGAAGGUCGAGUAGAAGUCUUUAGAGAUGGUGAAUGGGGAGGGGUGUGUCAUAAAGGAUGGGAACUAAGGGAUGGAGAUGUGUUCUGUCGUUCUCUUGGAUACGAGCGUGCCAGUAGUGUGUCCUGUUGCAGCGAGUACGGGCCAAGUGCCUCUGGACAAAUAUGGCUGACUGAUGUGCGUUGUCAAGGCUACGAGACCUCGUUCGAUGAUUGUCCUUCUCGAAGAAGGGAAUAUUAUGAAUGUACUUCGUAUGAUUUAGCAAGCGUGAAGUGUCUGUUUGGCACAGUAACAAUUGCACCAACACCAGGCAUACCCGACAUCCAGGUUCGUCUGGUCGGAGGCUACUUCUCCAACGAGGGAGCUGUUAAAGUUCUGUACGGGAAAGAAUGGGGAGCAGUCUGUGACGACAACUGGGGCAUGAAAGAAGGUCACGUGGUCUGCCGAAUGUUAGGUUACAAGAGAGCAAGGAGUGUUUCUUGUUGUAGUAAAUACUCUGCAGUCCGUUCAGGGCGGAUCUGGUUGGAUGACAUUGAUUGUCAAGGAACAGAAGACACGUUGGCCAAAUGUACACAUGGGAAGUGGGGUCAAAAUAAUUGUAAUCUUAAUGAACUGGCUGGCGUGGUGUGUCACACAGAUAACCCCCCUGUCAGAUCAUCUGUUGUUUACCCACCUCCUGUCAAAGUUCGACUGUCAGGGGGUCCUUAUCAGCAUAUGGGUCGGGUUGAGGUGUUUUACCGAGGAGAAUGGGGAGCUGUUUGCGACGAUCUCUGGGACUUAAAUCACGGUCACGUGGUCUGCCGUAUGUUGGGAUAUAAACGAGCAUUUAGGGUAUCGUGCUGUAGUAAAUAUGGACCAAGUGUCUCCAAAAAGAUAUGGCUAGAUGAUGUAAGGUGUACUGGGAACGAACGGACGUUGAUGGACUGUAAGCGACGACAAGAGGGAGAACAUGACUGCAGUAAUAAAGAGACUGCUGGAGUUGUGUGUGAGGUUGAAGCACAAAACAAGACUUCGUCUAAGGCGCUUGGAAAGUUUCAUAUACAAGAGAAAAUUCCCUCUUCAGCUUCAUUGACACUACCUCCCACCUCGCCAACAACAAUCGGCUUCCAAUCUCGUCCUGUCCGUAUUGUUGGAAGUUCAAAAUUUUGGGAGGGCAGAGCGGAAGUACGUCAUGACGGGAAGUGGGGAGCGAUAUGUGGCACCUCAUGGAAUCUACAAGCUGGUCACGUGUUUUGCCGCAUGUUAGGACUUGAGCGAGCCGUGAGUGUGUCAUGCUGCAGCAAGUACGGUCCUCAUUGGACUUUUAACAUGUUGCUAGAUGGUGUGAAGUGCACUGGUAACGAACGGUCCAUUUUAGACUGCGCGCACAAGAGGCUUGGUACCCACAGUUGUAAUGUCAAGACAYAAGCAGCAGGCGUGGUGUGUUACUAUGGACCGAGAAAAGUCUACACACCCAUUCCAAGAACAACAGUGCAGAUGGGAGGAAAAAGAAUUCGCUUGGUUGGCGGAAAAACCCCGAACGAGGGACGGGUCGAAAUAUUCUUCCGUGGGGAGUGGGGUGCAAUUUGUGAUGACAGCUGGCGAUUACGCAAUGGUCACGUGGCCUGUCGUAUGCUUGGUUACCCGGGAGCAGUGAAGGUCUCUUGCUGUGAUUCAUACCCAGGCAAGCGGGCUAGCAGAAUUUGGAUGGAUGAUGUGCAGUGUAAGGGAACAGAGAAAUCGUUAUUUUCGUGUCGACAUCGCGACUGGGGGCAGCAUAACUGUAAUUUUAAUGCAUUGGCUGGAGUUGUGUGUAUGUUGCAGCCCAGAAGCACACUAGCACCUGUAUAUGAGUGCGGUAACAAACCAGAUCUCCCUGUGCGGUUCGGUACCAGUGUCAACGGACAAAGGAAAGAAUCUUCGGAACCAGGCCACUGGCCGUGGCAGGUCAUGAUUAUGAAUCGCAGAGGCUUCCAGUUUUGUACUGGUGCUUUGAUAGGUUAUGAAUGGGUAUUGACAGCAGCUCACUGUUUUGAUCGUAUCAGACGACCCAAGGAUAUCAUAAUAAGGUUGGGCGCAUUCAAGGUAUCUCCAACAUCAUUCCUCUGGGUGCAAAAUAUUCCUGCUAUAGCUGUUUACAGACAUCCCCUCUAUGGGAGCCCUGUGAGAUAUUCGAAUGAUAUCGUCCUCAUCAAGCUCUUUCGGCAAGCAAAAAUAAAUAGACGAGUGGACUUGGUGUGUUUGACCAAUGACACCAAGCUCUUUGCCCAAGGUACAAACUGCUGGACCUCUGGCUGGGGUCUUCUUUUGAACCCGACGGAUCGUUCGCCCGUUCUCCAGCAACUCUCCGUAUCAAUCAAGCCUCGGUCCUACUGCAGAAACUAUCGCAGACCUACACUCCACGAAUCAAUGAUCUGCGCAGGAAACAGUGAAAAGGGAUCUGACUCGUGCAGUGGAGAUUCCGGGGGUCCUUUGGUGUGUCAGAACGAGGGAAGAUGGUACCUAAACGGACUGUCUUCGUACGGUGGAGACUGUAAACAAAAUGGUCCUUAUGCUUUGUAUAGCAAUGUGCCUCGUCUUAUUAAGUGGGCUUAUAGUAUUAUGGAUAGAUAUUCAUAAGUAAAUGAGGGGAUUAGACUUGUAGUGUAUAAAUAUAUUUAGAUCUGUGAGGACGCGGCAGCUCCGUCGAGUUGGAAGCCUAGGGGUGCAGGCUAUUGAACAAAGUCUCAAGUAUCAGCGAUUAUAAUAUAAAUCCCAAAGCGCAAAAGCUACAGCAAACUGCAAACUGUACAAUAGUACUUGUCAAGGGAGAGCGAGCGAAAAUAGAGGAGGAAGAGAGAAGAAAAGAGUUAGAGAGAGAGAGAGAGAGAGAGAGAGAGAGAGGUGAUGAAUAAAUGAUCUAGUAUAUCAAGUUAGCCGCUAUCUGCACAUAGUUGCCAUGCUCGCCAUAUUAUUCUCGACAGCAUUUUUCAUUAUACAUAUAUCAUUUAACCGAUUGAUAGAAAAAGAACAGCAUACCCAAGGUAUCUGUUUUCGGCAAGACAAAACUUGUUGAACAAACUGUUUAUUAUCUGACAAGAGAUGAAAAGAACCAAAAUCAUUUGUCAACUGGUAUCUUGAAUCAUUACUCUACAAGCGCGGGUUUUGUUUAUAUUAGCCUGUUUUCUACCGUGAUAUUUUAUCUCGUGCAGCCGAAUGCCUUCGCCGACCCCUUUCGUAAGUGGCCGUCACCAUGUGGAAGCUAGUUAUUGAUCAUUAUCACGAUACCAGUCGAGAGGAAGAAUGUUGAUAGCGGUUAAAUGUCUGCAAUAGCUAUGAAUGUUUUUAUCAAAAAGCUAUUGAAAUGGAACAAUUAGAGCUGCGCAUUUAAAGGAAAGAUAGACGGCGUACGAAUUUGUAAUGCGCGUGCGCAUAUAUAUAAAAAAAAAUGGCUAAUGUUACAUAAA